AUGUUUGCGGCUAAGAUGGCCAUGGUCAACUGCGUCAUGGUGCUCGUCACCAUGCUCGCCGCCGGCGUCUUGGGCGCCGCCAACGCUCCUUACUCGAACGCCCAGGCCACCGAGACUGCUGCUCCCCAGGAGCUCGGAUCCGUCACCAUCGGCGGCUCGCUCGUCUACUCCCUCAACAUGUGCACCAUCGUCCACUCCACCAACUGUCAAGUCUCCAUGUCGACCGGCGGUCCCGCCGCCCCCGGUUCCGGCUCCGGCAGCAGCGCCGCUGGCGGUGGCAACGGCGGCAACGGCGGCGGCGUCGACAGCGCCUCGGCCAAGCCCGCCUCGCCCACCGUCUUCACCACCACCAACGCCGGCGGCAGUCCCGUCGUCGUGACCCAGACCCCCGCCGCUCCCGCCGCCGACUCCUCGGCCCUCGCCGGCAGCCGCACGCUCUCCUCGGCCUCGGGCUCGGGCUCGGGCUCGGGCUCGGGCGUCGUCCAGUCGUCGACCGGUGCCGAGGCCACGCAGUCGUCUGGCGGCGCUUCCGGCACUGCUUCUGGCUCCGGCGUGCCGCCCACCCCGACUGGCGGUGCUGCUAGCAACGCCGUUGGUCUCGCCAAGGGCGUCAUCGGCGCCGCGGUUGUAGCCAUGGUCUUUGUGGUCUAG